GCCCCCAAGAAAACCUCAGCUUGCAGCAUCGUCAGCAUGCACACCAUCCGCCGGCCGACGGUGGGAUGAGACGAGAAUCUCAAUCACAUCCAGAGAUCGUCGUACAUGACUCUCUGGCCAAACUGGACUUGACAGGCAUUGCAUGUCCCUUGCCCGUGGACCAUGCCCAUUAACCCCCCAACCCUCGUCUACCUACGCCAACGCCGUCCCAUGCCUCCUGUCAUGUCGGCUACCCGCCCCCUCGAGUUCCCGUGCGCCCGUUCGGACGACUUGCACCUCGAGUCGUGAGAUUGGCGUCCUGGCGUCCACCAACCCAACGCCCGCCAACGCCACAUUGGCUCAAAAAGUUUGCCCGCCCAUCUUCUCUGCUCUAGUGUCCGUAGCUCCACGCCCGAUCUUCCCCCCAUCUCCUCCCUGGCUUCCUGUCGAUCCAAGAAGCCCGAGCACCCUCCCAUCCAUACGCUGUACUCCAUAUGAUGUAUCCAUACGAAUACUUCAAGAGUCAAAGCAACAAAGAAAACCAGAAGAAAAAAAACCCACUUCAUCAAGAGACACACGCGCGCCCGUUUGGCCCCAACCUGUUGGUAACCCACCCCCUCGAUCUGUUGUCUCGCUUGAAGCUUGUUCUGAGUCGUGCUCCCCUCCCAUCUGCCGAUAGGCACUCUGUUUGCCCUUUCCCACGGUCUCAUAACUCUCCUCCCUUCCUUCAGGCCUCAGCUCGCCCUGGUCAUUCAGCUGAUUCCCGGCCGCCCGCCAACAUUGCUUUUCCCGAUCCGGUUUCCGCUGGCUCCCGUUCUUAAUCCCUUCUCUCCCAAAAGAUCCUCUCUCUCCCUCGUCAUUCCCACUCCCUUCAGUACCAAGUUAGUCCCUUCACGUAAUUACCUACUUCGUAUCCUAUUCUCG